UUGUCUCUUAAGUUCCUAACGUAGAGUAUAUAUAGACUUAGGAUGUUGUUAGCUCUAGUUGAGUAUAUGCUAAGUAGAGGCUCUAUAUAUAUUUUUUGCUACUAUUUUUUACGCCCUCUCUUUACUUUCCUAAUUAAUAACCCUUUUAGAGUUUUAUCUUACCGUCUUUUUGACCGCUUCUUUUUGAUUAGACUUUUAUAUGCAGUGUAUAUACUUUUUCUAUAUGCAGUGUAUAUACUUUUUCUAUAUGCAGUGUAUAUACUUUUUCUAUAUGCAGUGUAUAUACUUUGCAUAUACACUAUACAUGCUAGGGAUAUGAGUCGUUUCUUUGCAUAUACACUGACACAGCCUUCCUGCCAGCCGUUGCGGAUCUAACAGGAGGAGCUAGGCUGCGAUAGUGACGUGAAGCGACGCAGUGCAAAGGUAAAGUGUAACAGUAGAGCAGUAAAAUAAGGCAAGCAAUAAACAAGGAGCUGAACGAUUGACACAGGACAAAAGCUAGGUGUAUGUGUAGAUAGUGUAUUGAGGUUGA